CCUGCUUCAGGACCGCCCCCUCAGGACCUCCCAUUACCACCCCAGCCAUCCCGGUCGCCCUCCCGCCCCCGAGAAUUCUCACUGCCCCCUCCAGAUUUUUCACAACAGCCCCAGUUAUCACCUCCCACACUCCCUGGUCCAAUUCACGAAGAUCCAAACGGCCCUGAUGCAGAAUUCACUGACGUGAACGAGCGUUACUAUCAUACGUACCAUUCAAUGUUAAACGGUAAGUUCCCUCCAGGCGUCACUGAUGGAACAUUUCUGCUGCAUGGCACCCCCCCAACUCCUGUGCCACCGAGGCCUCCUGGCGAUUGGAGCCCGUAUCGCAAUCGAAUAGAAUUCGAGACGGCAGAGUUCGUAUUCAAA